AUGGAGCGCGAAUUCAAGGAGAUCAACGAUGCUUUGAACGUGUCAGGCAACGCCAACAUCGUCAGGCCGCCGUGGUUUACCUAUGUGGAAGAUCUGAGGGCGGGAUCUGCUGCCGUUGACCCCCAUGUUGUGGAUGGCGGUGGUGCCGCCGAGGACCAUGCUGAUCCUAACGCGACCAUGGAGCCUCCAUCCACUGCGACAGCUACUCAGCAAGUGCCCGUGGUUCAAGAAAGUGUGACCAUGACUGGGGCGAAGCUCAUCGCGGACACCCUGAAGGCAUGUAACCAGGAAGGCCUUGCUAAGCUGGACCAGAUUACUGCUCUCAUCAUGAAUGCUGUGGCGGCGGCUUCAGCGGCUCCAGAGGCGGCAUCGGCAAAUGUAGGACAGGCUGACCCUACCACUCCCACUGUGACCCUAGACCAUGGUGAUCCGACCAGCCUGGAAACCUGUAACAUGGAUUACACCUACACCCCAAGCUCGGAAGAGACCGCCGCUCCUACCGACAUGGGUCCCACUAACGGCGAGGCCACUGAGUUCCAGCAGUAG